CAAAGAGGAACACAAGAGAAAAGAAGAGCCCAAGAAACUAAACUCAAAUGGCAUCAUCCUCUUCCAUCUUUCUCUUUGCUGCUCUUCUUGCACUGGUCUCAUGGCAGGCCACUGCCUCUGAUCCUAGCCCACUCCAGGACUUUUGCGUCGCCGACCUGCAUUCACCAGUGCGUGUCAAUGGGUUUGUUUGCAAGAACCCGAUGGAAGUUAACGCAGACGACUUCUUCAAGGCAGCCAACCUCGACAAGCCUAGGGUGACCAACAAGGUUGGAUCCAACGUCACUUUGAUCAACGUCAUGCAGAUUGCUGGACUCAACACCCUCGGCAUCUCAAUUGCGCGCAUCGACUAUGCUCCCUUGGGUCAGAACCCACCACAUACGCACCCUCGCGCCACUGAGAUCCUCACGGUGCUCGAGGGGACACUAUAUGUUGGCUUUGUCACAUCCAACCAGCCCGCCCCCAACAGAAACAAGUUCCUUUCCAAGAUGCUCAACAAAGGUGAUGUGUUUGUCUUCCCUGUGGGGCUCAUCCACUUCCAAUUCAACCCCAACCCCCACCAGCCCGCUAUUGCAAUUGCCGCGCUCAGCAGCCAGAACCCAGGGGCUAUCACAAUUGCCAAUGCAGUGUUUGGGUCGGACCCACCAAUAUCAUAUGAUGUUCUUGCCAAGGCAUUUCAGGUGGAAAAGAAUACAAUAGACUAUCUCCAGGCUCAAUUUUGGGAGAACAACCACAACUAAGUCAGACAUUUGUUGAUUACACAGAGGAUUAGUGCUUAAAUCAAGGAUUUGAUUGAAUAUCUCGAGCAUCCUUAUAUCUAUAAAAUAAAUGGAGAAUAUGUCAUGCCGCUGUGUGUCUGUAAGCCAUGAAUGUAUUUCAAUGUUAUGAAUAAUCA